UCACACUUUUCACCGGCUGAUCUUGUAUUUCCACCUUAAAGUUGGCUGUCGUUUUUAUAUAAUGUUCAAUGUCCGUUAACUAAUUGAUAAAGACUUUAUUUCUUUUUUCAGUUUAUUGCUUCAAAAGGGCUAAGCGGCUAACGCUUGUGUGCAGUUUCUGUUGAAAUCUGGGCGGUGGAAAUGCCUUCAGUUUAUUACAUCAUUUACAACAAAGUCAUGUUCAUUUGUUGUAGCAAUUAAAUAUUUAGGCUUUUAUCCUGUCUAGAAGAAUAAGACAUCUUCUAUAUUUGUUUUGGAGUGACAGCCACUACAUUCCUCCACAGUCAACAUGUUCGGACAGAUAGCGAGAAGACUUGGUCACCUCCACGGCCAGCAGAUCUCUAAUGGACUGAACGGAAUCAGUUUUAACCAGCUGCUCUCUAAAGAGACACACCGGCACCUGCAGUCCUCAUUCAAGACCAUCAGGCCUAUCUCGACGAUUCCUCUGUGGCCGUUCUCUUCUCGUCCGCGGGACUUCAGCCAGCCCAACUCAUCGUGGAGUCCAGAGAUGCGCAAGGCUUACGAUCAUUUUAAUGCGCUCUGUGACACUGACAAUGAAAAUGGCGAGAAAACAAGGGGGCCUUGGAGGAGGUUGCCCAGCUACAACCGCUCCAUUAAAUAUGCUACUGGCGGCAUCCACCUCAGCAAAUUCAUCCAGGCCGAAAAUCGACUUUUCACAAGAAGUGUUAAAGAGCAAGGCGCAACGUUUGAAUAUGUGGUGUUUGUCAAUAAGGAGGAGAAGAGCUGCGUUUGUGUGUUUCAGUCAGGACGUUUACUAGAGGGGGCACCUGGGCAUGUCCACGGUGGAGCCAUAGCCACCAUGAUUGACACGGUGACAGGUACUCUUGCUGGUUACCUGUCAGGACCCGUUAUGACUGCCAAUCUCAGCAUCGACUACCGCAGUCCAAUGCCUCUGGGUAGUGUGGUUUUAAUCCACAGCGCUCUGGAUCGAAUAGAGAGGAGGAAAACAUUCAUCACUUGCAAAGUGACCAGCACUGAUGAGUCCAAACUCUACACUGAGGCCACAGCUCUAUUUGUUUCAAUAAGUGUGGGCCAUUUAUUUGGAUCUCGAAACUGACAUCAGCCCGGAAUCCGGAACCAUGUACAGUAUGUGUGUGCAUUUCUGUAUGCACAUGAGUGAGAUUGCAGGUGUGUGUCUGAGGUGGAAUGUGUGCGCAAUGAACAACUGAUUAAGUUGAUGUUUUACUUCAGCUUUCUGAAUGAGGUAUUCAGAAGUGUAUGCAUGUAACUGUUACUUAUGGCUACCUCAUUUUUUUUAUUGUAAAAAUUACAUAUUAACCAUGUAUAUUUAUUGAUAUAGUAUCUAAAGUUUUGCUGCAUAACAAAAGUUUCGUUACUAACUUUUUAAUCAUCAUAGUGACAAUUAGGUUCUUUAGUAUUGGAAGUAUUAUAAAAUGAAAAACUCUGUAAUAUAUAUUUUAGCAGUGUUAUAUUGAAUGUUGUGUUACAGAGAAUUGAUGUUUUGUUAUAAAUGGAAAGGUGUGCAUUUAAAUGAUCUUACUGUUAUUGCUAAGGAAUAAAAAUGUAUUCCUAACUGCCUUUAUUAAUCUCAUUAAAGCUAGUAAUCAAAAAUUG